GUUGCUACAAGCCUCAGGAAAGAUCAGAUUACUUGAUGUUGGCAGCUGCUUUAACCCAUUUCUGAAGUUUGAAGAAUUUCUGACUGUUGGCAUAGACAUUGUACCUGCCGUAGAGAGUGUAUAUAAAUGUGACUUCCUGAACUUACAGCUUCAGCAGCCACUCCAGCUUGCACAGGAUGCUAUAGAUGCUUUUUUGAAGCAGCUGAAAAACCCUAUUGAUUCUCUUCCUGGAGAACUUUUCCAUGUGGUUGUUUUCUCUCUCCUUCUUUCUUAUUUUCCAUCACCUUACCAGCGAUGGAUUUGCUGCAAGAAGGCCCAUGAACUCUUAGUGUUAAAUGGUUUAUUACUUAUCAUCACACCUGACUCCUCCCAUCAGAACCGUCAUGCUAUGAUGAUGAAAAGCUGGAAGAUUGCUAUAGAGUCCCUGGGCUUUAAACGCUUCAAGUAUUCAAAGUUUUCACAUAUGCAUCUGAUGGCAUUUAGGAAAAUUUCUCUAAAAACCACAAGUGACUUGGUCAGUAGGAACUACCCAGGGAUGUUAUAUAUUCCUCAAGAUUUCCACAGUGUAGAAGAUGAGGAAUAUUCUAACCCUUCAUGCUAUGUUCGAUCAGAUAUAGAAGAUGAACAACUAGCGUACGGUUUCAUGGAGCUCCCUGAUGCUCCAUAUGACUCAGAUUCUGGAGAAAGUCAAGCCAGCUCUAUUCCUUUUUAUGAGCUAGAGGAUCCCAUAUUACUUUUAAGUUAAUAUAAAAGCAUAAGGCCCUUUCAGUCCAGGCUCCUAAACUAAUUGCUUACACUAAUCGGAAAUACUAACAUGAACUCAGUACUUAAAACCUGGUUUGCAUAGAAGAAAUGCAAAGGUUUACAGAGUUUGCUAUUUUUUUCUACUUCUCAAUUUUAAAAUUUAUUCUUAUAUAGAAAGCUUAAAGCUUCAUGCAGAGUGACUCCUGUCAUAGCAGAAACCACUGUUCCUUUAGCAUUUAGCACUAAGAUAUCAUAGAAAGGUACCUUUUUUCUUUAGUGCUAUUGUGAAAAAUGAAGCAUAAUUUGCUAUAUAUUUUUCUUUUCAACUUUUCAAUGUUGACUUUAAACCAUUGCAAUGAGAAACUUUAAGAUAUGUAGAAAGCUGUAGAUUGCACUUUGAUGACUCAAGUUAAAUGUGACACAGAAAUAGAUCGGUUUAGUUGUUUUGUGAUGCACUUAUCUUUUUCUUUGUUUAACUAAAUUGUUAUGUUACAGAAGGCCAUUUUCUGUUCAUUUUUGUCUGAUCUAGUAUUUUCUGAACUUUUUGGAAUUGGUGAUAAUUCUUUUUCUUCUUCCUGCUCAUUUGGCAGCAUCAGACAUUGGGGGACAGAAUUCCCCCAAAGUAUGUAUUCUAAUUUCAUUAGCCCUAUCCAAAAAACACCAUUGCCAAAGUAGUAUUUUCAUAACCUUCUUGUUGAUUUGGGCCUUGGUGUUAAGUAUAUUUAUCUGUGAGAGUUCACUUUUACUUUUUUUAAAUUUAGGUUUCAUUUACGAAAUGUCUUAUUUAAGCAAGGAACAAUGUAAUACUCAAUACUGACCUAAAACACCUUUGUGAAAGGGUUUGCACUUGGAAAAGAGUUUAUGCUCUAUCGAGACCAGCUUUGAUAAGGUCCUCUCCUUUCCAUUAAGGAGGUGCUGCACUAUGAGUUUGGAAUUAUAUAGAAAAAUCUAAAAUUAACCCUCUGCAGAUAAUCUCAUAAAAUGUUUUUGACCUUUUGGUAUCCUAAUUUCUAUCUAAACCCUAUCAGAAAAUUUUCUUUGAGUAUAUCAAUCAUUAGUUGGCUGUGGGAAUUUUCCCUUUCCACAUUAAUAAAUGCCUUUCUGUGUUUCUGAAUCAGAAGCAAGUGAUUAAGGAGAAAUAUAUGUCCAACAAGACAAGAUUAGUUUAAACAGAUAAAAACAUUUAGUCCACAUUGUCUUGUCAGCCAGCAAUUGUCAUGUAAACUAUCAUUUUUAAGACUGCCACUGUGUGGAUUUUUUUUUCAAGUGGUUAUUACAUUUAAAUUACCUCAUACUGAGGUUUUUGCACUGAAAUAUCACAGUUUCAAAUUUCCCGGUUAAUGAUGUGUGUGUGUGUGUGUGUGUGUGUGUGUGUGUGUGCGUGUUUUUAAAGGAAACUCGCAUUUUCAAUAGUUGAUUCUAAAUUUCAUAAACUGCACUUCUUUACUCUGGUAAAUCUGAUGUUUUUGUGCUUAUUGUGAAUUGUCGUAGUUAACUUUGAAUGUCAGACUUUAUUUAGAAAUACAAAAUGUAUCCUUUAAGAUAUAAAUGGUUGAGUAUGUAUACCUGAUAUUUCAAAUAAAAUUUCACAUGUUAAAUUAAUGAAAGUAACAAGAUUGUAAUUAACCUUUAAAAAAAGUCAGUUGACUAAAUGCAAUAAGUAUUGGUUGCUCAAAUAUUCCAGAAGUAACUUGAAAUUUUUCAUUUACUUUCAAUAGCAUGAGAUUCCAUACUAAUUAGGAUUGACUUUUUCCAUUUAAGCACUACAGGAUUAUGUCCUGUAGCUCUCUCAAGAGAGGAAAAAUUAAAAGUACUGUGUUUAGGAUAAUAAAGAACUGUGUUUUGGUAUACCUCUUUUACCAUACUGUUUGAUUUUUGAUUUGGCUAAAUGUGAUCUUAAGAGCAAAGAAAAUAAUACACCAAAUGUUAGUGCUUUGAAAGUAAAUGAAAACAGUGCUUUUGAAAGGCUGGUGUAAGUAUGACCUUGGAGUCAGCCUUUGUGUUACAGCUAAAAUGUUGGUGCUAUAUUCUUCUGAUUGUUUACAGAUGUUGAUUCUGCUUAUGCUCCAAAGUGUGCAUGAUGUAUUUUAAGUAGUACUUUAAAGGAAAGUCUCUUUAUAAAACCUACUCCCACUUAGUAUAGAUUUGUUCAAAUUUAUAUCAUUUGUUACUGUAAAUUCAGCUUAUUUAAAUUAGGUCGGCACAAGAAUUAAACCAAUACACAUUCCACCAAAGCCAAUUCAGUGUAUAAGUGAAGUAUAAGCAGUCAUUGCAGUGUACUGCCAGAUCAUGUGUGUGAUGACAAGAGAAGUUAAUCGAGCCUUCUAAUCCUGAAUGGGUACUCUUAAAAAUGGUUUUAUUUGGAUAUAAAUAAGAGGCCUCCUGUCAUUCACAGCAGGUUCUCCAAAAUAAUUUGAUGUUUCAAGAACAAAUGAUAAUCAUUUGGUUGAAUUCUUCAGGAUCAUGACUAGAUCCAUAUGGUUUUACCAUAGUUGCCAAGUAGUGGGAGGUAGCAUACCUGAAAAUGUAUGUUUGUGUUUGUUGUAUUUUUUCACAUUUUGUGAACAAAGCACAUUUAUUAAAAAUUUUAAAUUUUCUA